UUCCUUAGCUUCCUCUUCCAACUAAGUAAUAGCCAAUAAGAUGACGAAUACCGAGACUAACGAAGACCGGCCGGCGGUGAACUUCGCCGAGCCACGGAGCUUCAGAACUGUUCUCAACUCCAAAAUCAAGGAAACCCUUUUCCCAGACGAUCCAUUUCGUGAGUUCAAGAACGAGCCAUUUUCACGCAGGGUCACUAUGGGAAUCAAAUACUUCGUCCCCAUUUUUCAGUGGCUACCAAAGUACAAUCUGCAGCUCUUCAAGUACGAUCUUCUCGCCGGAAUCACCAUCGCCAGCUUGGCAAUCCCCCAGGGAAUCAGCUACGCUAAGCUCGCCAAUCUCCCUCCGAUCAUCGGACUCUAUUCGAGCUUUGUUCCGCCGUUAAUCUACGCGGUUUUCGGAAGCUCAAAGCACUUGGCAGUUGGGACGGUGGCGGCUUGCUCGUUGAUCAUAGCCGCCACCAUUGAAGAAGCCGUGAACCCACAAGAAAACUUGCAACUUUAUCUUAGUUUGGUGUUCACCGCCACCCUUAUCUCCGGUCUGAUUCAGACAACUUUGGGUAUUUUAAGACUGGGAAUAAUAGUGGAUUUUUUAUCGCAUUCAACCAUCACUGGGUUUAUGGGAGGGACGGCUAUGCUGAUAUGCUUGCAGCAGCUGAAGGGCAUGCUUGGGUUGCAGCACUUCACAACGCAUACGGAUAUGGUGUCCGUUUUGCGUGCCGUUUUCAGAAAUAGAAAUGAGUGGAAAUGGGAGAGUGCAGUUGUUGGUAUUAUCUUCCUAGCUUUCCUACAAUUCUCUAGAUAUGUGAAGAAGAAGAGACCAAAUCUAUUUUGGGUUUCGGCCAUAGCGCCGAUGGUGACUGUAAUAGUGGGCGGGCUGUUUGCCUAUUUCGCACAUGCGGACAAACACGGCAUCCCGAUUGUGGGACACCUAGAUAAAGGAGUAAACCCUUCUUCAAUCCAGAAGUUAAACUUUGAUCCUAAAUACAUCUCUGCACCUAUUAAAGCAGGAAUCAUCACAGCAUUUGUAGCUCUUGCUGAAGGAAUCUCCAUAGCCAGAAGCUUCGCCAUCAUGAAGAACGAGCAAGUGGACGGCAACAAGGAGAUGAUAGCCUUCGGGCUGAUGAACAUCAUCGGCUCUUUCACCUCCUGCUACUUGACCACCGGCCCCUUCUCCAAAACCGCCGUCAACUUCAACUCCGGCUGCAAGACCGCCAUGUCCAACGUCGUCAUGUCCGUCUGCAUGCUCUUCACUCUCCUCUUCUUGGCGCCGCUCUUCAGCCACACCCCUCUCGUCGCCCUCGCCGCCAUUAUCAUGUCCGCCAUGCUCGGCCUCAUCGAGUACGACAAGGCCUACCAUCUUUACAAGACCGACAAGUUUGAUUUCUUGAUUUGCAUGGUCGCCUUCUUCGGGGUUUCCUUCGUCAGCAUGAACGUUGGCCUCACCCUAUCGAUUGGGCUUGCUGUGGUGAGGGCACUUUUGUAUAUAGCUAGGCCAGCAACAUGCAAGCUUGGGAACAUUCCAGACACAGGAAUGUAUAGAGAUGUGGAGCAAUACCCAGGAGCAAAAGGAGUUCCUGGAAUCUUAAUUUUGCAGCUUGGCUCUCCAAUUUAUUUUGCUAAUUGCAAUUAUAUUAGAGAAAGAAUCCUGAGAUGGAUUAGAGAGGAUGAAGAUUCUAAAGGAAAUGACAUUGAAUAUUUACUACUGGACUUGGGAGGUAUUACAUCAAUCGAUAUAACAGGAGUGGAAACUUUACUCGAAAUUAGAAGAAGCUUAGAAGCAAUGGGGAUUAAGAUGAUUUUGAUAAAUCCGAGGGUUGGGGUGAUGGAGAAGUUGAUAGUAACAAAGUGCAUAGACGUGAUUGGAAGAGAUGCAGUGUUUUUGUCAAUUGAAGAUGCCAUUCAUAGUUGCCAAUUCUCCCUCAGAAAAUCUGCAGUCCUUACAAAAAUUCAAGAACCUGAAACUGUCUAAGAUUUUGGAAAUUAAAUGCACAAGCAUAGAUAGUUUUUUUUUUUUUUUUAAUAAUUAUAAAAAUAGAAAUAAAGGCGUAAGAUAUGAUGAAGAUCAUGUUGUAUUCCAGCCCAGUUGUAUUCAAGAUGUAGGCCGUAAGGCCUUUUAAUUUAGUCAAAUCAUUCUAGGCCUAUAUGGUUUUGAGAAUUU